UUUUUUUUUAAGCUUUUUUCUUCUUUUUACUUCAUAAACAUAUUUUUAUUAUUAUUUUUAUUAUUAUUACAUGAAUUCAGGAUUUAAUUAUACAGACUAUCCUGUUAUUGUAGGAAUAGAUUUUGGUACAACUUAUUCUGGUUGUUGUUAUGCAUUUGCUCAAAAUGAAGAAGUCAUUGAUAUUGUGAAAUGGCCAAAACAAAAUAAUCAAGUUUAUCCUAAAACACCUACUCUCUCUUUAUAUCGUAAAGGGUCAACUCAAUUAGUAGAAUGGGGACAUGGAGCUAGAAGACUCGCCAUGAAACCAAAUAAUGCUGAUUCCAUCUUACUCUCUAAAUUUAAACUAUACCUUGAUGAACAUUUACAACAAACAGAGCUUGGAAGUGGUCUUGAUAUAAUUAAUGUCAUUGCUGACUAUUUACGUGCCUUUCACUUACACGUUUGUACUGAACUUUUGAAAGGUUUUGCUGGAAAUUAUGAUCAAUCUCGUUUUCGCUAUUGUCUUACUGUUCCUGCAAUGUGGAGUGAUAGAGCAAAAGCAACGAUGCGAGAAGCCGCAAUUCGUGCGGGGUUAAUAAAUAGUGAUGAUCAUCCUGACCGGUUGAUGCUAAUUUCAGAGCCCGAAGCAGCUGCUUUAUAUUGUGAAAAGAAAUCAGAACAAUUUAAUUUAAGACAUGGCCAACGAUUUAUGAUUUGUGAUGCUGGAGGCGGUACAGUGGAUUUAAUUGUAUUCGAAAUUAAUGAACCACCAGGUCAAAAACGUACUUUAAAAGAAGUUACAAAUGGACAUGGAGGUUCUUGUGGUUCAGGAUUUUUAGAUUUAAGGAUGAGAGAAUAUCUGAAAAGAAAGUUCUCUCGUUAUCAUACUAUUAAUGAUAACGCUAUGGAGCUUAUUAUGGAUACCUUUGUCAAUGUAAUAAAACCAGAUUUUGAUGGUAUUGAAGAUCAUUUCUUGGAUUUACCAGCUUCUAUGGGCUUAGGUGAUUUAACUGAUAAUGAGAUUGGACUUGAUAAUGGAUCACUUUGUUUACCUGCUGAAGAAUUAAGAGAAUAUGUAUUUGAACCUGUUAUUUGUCAAGUUCUUGAUUUAAUUCGAGGCCAAUUAGCCCAAUCUCCUCAAUUAGAGGCUAUCUUCUUGGUAGGUGGAUUUGGGCAAUCGAAUUACCUUUUCCGUAGAGUAGAAGAAGAAUUUGCAAAUCAAGUAGGUAUGAUUGGUGUUCCACCUCGAGGUGAAUUAGCUGUUGUACGUGGAGCAGUUUAUUUUGGUCUUAAUCCACAAAUAGUGACAGAAAGAGUCUCUCGACGUACUUAUGGUGUAGAGACACGUAUGUUAUUUCAAGAAGGUAUUGAUCCACCUGAAUAUGCAGUGAUGGGAGCAGAUGGAAAACGUUAUUGUCGUCAACGGUUCAGUGUUUAUGUUCAUCAAGGACAAAGUAUUAAGGUAGAUGAAUGUGUUUCAAAGAAUUUUGUUAUUAGUUAUCCAAAUGACACAGAUUCAGAUUUAUUUGCAUUUGAUGGUGAAGGACAACCGCCACGUUUAACAUCUCAUCCACUUGUACGUAAAGUAGGUAAUUUCCCUAUUCGAAUGCCUCAUUUAGAAGGUGUUAGAGCAGGUGAAAAGGUGAACAUGACGAUCAAAAUGUAUUUUGGUUUAACAGAGAUUAAAAUUGAAUGUAUUAUUCGAGAUAAAUCUUUUAUAUUUACAUCCUCAUUUGAAGCAACAGAUUCUUAUUCACCUACACCAAAUCAAUCACAACAAAUGUAUUAUGAAGACUAUCAAACUCCUUUAAUUGCUUCAUCUGAACAUUUACUUUCUCAACAGCAAAUCUAUUCCAACACGAAUACUGCUAUAAAUGACUUGACGAAUAAUAUGAGUCAUGUUUCAAUUAACAGUUAUCCGAAUUAUUAUCAACAAGCUCCAAUGAAUAAUUCGAAUACUCUCUAUCGUCCUUCACCACAAACUUCAAUGAAUUACAAUAAUAAUGAUUAUUAUCAAAAUCCGUAUUAUUCAAAUGCAUAUCCUUCAACUUCAAAUACCUCAUAUCAAGCUUAUGGAGGAAAUAAUAAUUAUCGUUAAGAAAUAAUAAACAUGUUAUGCGAAAAAAAAAAUCUUGUUUCGCUUAUUAAAUUUUAAAA